ACAGAUUCAGGUUCACUAAAGACCAACAAUUCGUUGAAGACCCACUUGUUCUGAUUCUCCUGGACCUCCUAGCGACGGCCAGCUAAGUUCAAACCUACUUCUGUCUCCAUACCACCCUCAGACGAACCCGGUCCGUCCCAAGCGACUAGUGCUCUAUCUAGUCCCGCCAAGCUAAAAGUAGGGCAGCCGUCGACAAGUCCCUUCAUCAGGGAAGACAAUGUUACAUCCGAAGUCAACGAGAAAAGCGUUGCUGCCUUUGCCACAGAGUACCUCACUGCGUUGCCUGAGGGAUUCCUUUCUCGCCACAAGGUGUCGAUGCGGAAGUUUCACAAAGAGAGAAAUAAAAUGUGCAGGGAUGGUAACAAAUUGGAUGAAGGGCAGAAAUACCUUUGUAUCAUCGAGAUGCUCAAUCAUGCCAGCUCCAUGGUCUACGAGGAGAUGAGCGCCCGCCCGAAACAACCUCGUCUUCAGUUCAUCAAUACUCAUGCCGCUCCCCUCGUUCAUCACCCAAAGAGUUUCGUUGAUAAGCCAGACUUCUGCGCUGUCGACGCCGACCUUGUACCGGCGUUAGCUAAGAGCACUAAGGGAAACUAUAUUCAAAUUCCCUGGCACAAGACGAAAUCGGUGGGCGAAAUGAAAACGUCGGCUGAGGACGCGAAGAAAGCUACACAGGCCAUGAGGUACGCUGGGUUGCAUAACGUAUCUCGCCCGGACAGGCCUGGUUGUUAUGCCCUCAGUGCUUCCCCAAAGGGUUAUCAAAUCGGCUGGAGCGAUCCAUCUGGCGGUCAUAUAUCAGCGACGAUUGCUUGGAACCACGAGGAGGGGAAUCUCAUCCUCAGAUAUGUCUAUUCUCUAUAUUUCCCGCCUAGUCUGUGCGAUGUCGUGGACCCAACUGUCACUCUGGUCGAUCGGACCACCAACGACUCUCCUCGGUGGAACAUCCAAUGCGAAGACAAGACUUAUACAGAUGGUCAGACUAUAUUUGUCGGAGAGCCGUGGAGUCGGCAGACGGUGAUUUACAGGUUUGAGGACAACGAUGGCGUCAGGAUAAUUAAAGAUCAAUUUGAGCAUGUCGGCCGCAGGUUCCACGAGUCAGCGUUGUAUGAUAAGCUAGAAGGAGCGGCCGGAUGGGUGACUGUCGUUGCCUCCUGCAACGUGGGCUUGACUGUAGGGAGUGACAUGUCCGCUCGAGUCAAGAAGAGACUGGUGAUGAGCUCGGGCGGAGAAGCUUUGGAUAAGGUCCGAACUACAAGGCUGUUUUUGAUGUCCAUGUAUGACAUCCUGGAAGCCCACCGGUAUGGUGUCAUUAAGGAACGGGUGAUGCAUAGGGACAUCAGCUUUCGAAAUAUUCUGGUUAACCCAUUUGGCAUUCCUGUGGAAGCACCGAUGGAACCUACAUUUGUUAACACUAUUUUGGACAUUACUGGCAAGCGACACUCGCCGACUGCCUUGAUAUGUGAUUUGGACAAUGGCUGCGUCUAUAAAGAAGAAACGUACCCUGAUAUCAUCCCAGAUCAGCUCAAGAGCCGUACAGGAACACCUAUGUAUAUUGCGCGCGCAGUGGAAGCUGGGCGCCUGGUUGUUAUCCCCGCGGCGCAUCCUCUCUUUAUGCCCAUGCCCGAGAUCAACAACAAAGCUAUUGCAGAAAGUUAUGCUAGAUGUUUUUUUUUUUUUUUUUUUGAAUCCGAUUAGUACGAUAUGUAUCGUGAUCCUACACGCUAGCGUAUGGUGGGAUUAUGCUACUUGUCUAUCUCUAUGCUAGAUGUUAUAAGGGGGAAACUGCGCAUCUUCAGAGAUAAAGAGGGAGAAUAUCACGGUGGUCAUCUGGAUGUGUCAAGAUACGAGGAAGCUUUAAACAAUGAUGACGAAGCAGAAGCCAUGUUUUAUCAUCAGCCACGGCAUGAUGUUGAGUCAGUGGGAUGGUGCAUCAUCGUGUUUUGUCUUCGUUCGCAGCCAAAGGAUGGGA